AUGUCUAGCCAAAGCUUAAAAAAAAUGACAUAUUACAUUUUAGAGAAAGAGAUAGAACAAAACAAAAGUUGCUUUAUUUAAGAAAUUUUAGAUAAGAGAGCAAAAAUGGGAAUUAAGAAAAUGAUUAUUUGAAUUAGUCUUUAUAGUACUCUUACAAUGUGCAUGUGAAAGCUGUUCAAAACUAGCUUAAUUAUCUACAGCUACUACUACUACUCUAUAAAUACUCUCAACAUAUAUACUUCCAACUAUUCUACUCAAACCCUUUUCUUAACUUGUUAAAAAUUGAAUAGUUGAAGCAAAAAGAUGAUCAUGAUGAGAAACUUCCUCAUCAUAAAAUUUAGUGCAUGGAUUGUGAUAAUAAUAAUGUAUGUAUUAGUUCAUAAGUUUAUUGCUACUACUUCUGCAAUGGAGGAUUGUUCAACACUGGAAGAAGGGUAUUAUGGAUCAACAUGUCCUUCAGCAGAAGAUAUAGUGAAGAAUGCUGUGGAGAGAGCUGUGUGUGAAAAUCCUGGCCUUGCAGCUGGUCUCAUUAGAAUGCAUUUUCAUGACUGUUUUGUUAGGGGCUGCGACGCGUCUGUACUACUGGACUCUACACCGGGAAGCCCAUCUGAGAAAGAGAGCCCAGUAAAUAACCCAAGCCUAAGAGGCUUCGAAGUCAUCGAUGACGCCAAGGCCCAAAUCGAAGCCCAAUGUCCACAAACCGUUUCCUGCGCCGACAUCCUCGCAUUCGCCGCUCGCGACUGCGUCACCGCUCUCGGCGGCCCCGAUUACUGCGUUCCCGCCGGGCGCCGCGACGGCACUGUAUCGCUCAAACACGAACCAUUACAACACCUGCCAAGCCCUUUCUCUAACGCCACCCAACUUCGAGACAGUUUCGCCCUAAAAGGCCUCACCUUGGCCGAGAUGGUCACUCUCUCCGGUGCCCACUCGGUCGGGUCAACUCACUGUUCUUCGUUCUCCACUCGGCUCUACUCGUUCAACUCUUCACACCCUCUGGACCCUUCGAUGAAUCCUGGGUUUGCUCGGGAAAUGAAGGAGAAGUGCCCCGUUGGUUCGGAGCGUGGAAACGACGCGCCGCUGGUUGUGCCUCUUGAAGGGGUGACGCCGAAUAGGCUUGAUAAUAAUUAUUACGUGGGUUUGAAGAAAGGUCGUGGGGUUUUGAGUUCGGAUCAGAGUUUGAUGAGUAGUUAUGUGACUGCGAAAAUGGUGAGGAACAGAGCUAGGGAUGGCGAUGGUUGGGGGAAGAAGUUUGCUGAGGCUAUGGUGAAAAUGGGUUCCAUUGAUGUGCUUACUGGUAACUCAGGGGAGAUAAGGAAGAAUUGUAGGUUUGUGAAUUGAUUAUCAUUAUCUAUGAUCACUAUAUUAUAAGUAGCCUCAAAUUGUCUGACUGUGUAAUUAUUAUUGAGGAUGGGUUAUUUAAUUCGAUAUAGUUUAAUAUAAUAACUUUUAAAGAAGUAUCGAAAUCCUAGUUACAACUGAUACUCUAUAUUAUUAUUGUUAUUAUAGGAUUUUCAAGUUUAAUAGAUUGAUUAAUGUGAUUUUUAUUUUUCAAGUAUAAGAUGUAUUUGCUUACAAUUA